CGGGCUGUCAAUCGCCGCCACCAGCGGCGGGGGGCUGACAGGUCACUGGAGGAGUUGGUAAGUGCAAUACCGUGGGAAAAGCUACCAGUCUACUGCAGGCAGCGGAGCGGACAAUAUCUGCUGCAAAGCUCCAUUAAUGUUAUAGGACGCACGGGAACAAUUGAACCAAACAUGAAGAGAACUCACGAUUACAGCUCAUCGGACAGUGAAUUGGACGAAACGAUCGAAGUAGAGAAAGAAAGCGCCGAUGAAAAUGGGAACUCCAGCACAGCCACGGGCUCCAUGUCCCCCAGCACCUCCUCGCAGGUCCUGGCCAGGAAGAGGAGACGCGGGAUCAUAGAAAAACGUCGCCGGGAUCGUAUUAAUAACAGCUUGUCUGAACUACGAAGACUGGUGCCGAGCGCUUAUGAGAAACAGGGAUCCGCCAAACUGGAAAAAGCAGAAAUUUUGCAAAUGACUGUUGAUCACUUGAAGAUGCUGCAUGCGGCCGGUGGCAAAGGUUAUUUUGAUGCUCAUGCUCUAGCCAUGGACUACCGCAGCCUGGGAUUUCGAGAAUGUUUGGCUGAAGUGGCUCGCUACUUGAGUAUAAUUGAAGGCCUAGAAAACUCCGAUCCACUCCGAGUGCGUCUGGUCUCUCAUCUCAACAACUAUGCAUCGCAGAGAGAAGCUGCAAGCACUGCCCCACCAAGCAUCGGACAUCUUUCCUGGGGCAAUGGCUUCAGUCACCACCCACAUCACCAUCUGCAUCCGCUCCUGAUGCCACAGGUUGUCCAUAACAAUAGUAAUACUGCCUCGACAGAGCCUCACCAUCAAAACCGGAUCGGAACCUCCUCACACACAGAUACGUCUCCACAUAGGGUGGCUCCCAGUUGCAGUGUUGGUCCAGUCAUUCCAGUGGUUACCUCCUCCACAAAACUGUCCCCCCCUUUGUUCUCAAUGUCAUCCUUAUCUGCAUUCCCUCUGUCUUUCAGCACUUUCCCUUUGAUUUCUCCCAGUACAUUCAGUUCAUCAGCUCCGACUCCAACAAACAACAUCGGCAAGCCCUACAGACCCUGGGGGACAGAGAUCGGCGCUUUCUAAAGACUCUUCCGAAGGAUUUUCCUUCCUUAAACUGACAGAGGUAGUGACUACUUAGUUUAAACUCAGCUGAGCUGAGCUAUUAUCAACAUAACUGCCCUGGAAUGUUAAAGACAUUCUUUGAGUUCACUGCAGGCAAAUAGUGUACAACUUCACAACAAUUUGAAGUCCAGUGAACCUGGCUAUUUAGAUCGCCUCUUUAACUCAUAGUGUUAUAAAUAAUAUUCAUAAUAUUCCUAUGUGAGCAUUUUGAUCCUUUCAUUGUUGAAGUGUUCUACUUUUGGUUGCAAGGUUCUAGCAAUUCAUUUUACUAGAGAGAUUAGUCUAAACAAGCUAUCUGCUACUUUGUGUCAAGGCUCUAGAGAUCAUUUCAGACAUCUUUAUUAUCAGCUUCCUUGAAGCUUUGAGUAUAAAGUUAUUCAUUUUUUAAAGAAGUCUAAUAUAAAGAAUUGGAUUAAAUUUAUUUGUCUUGUGACUUAAAUCCUAUUGUUUAUUCCCAAAUAAGAAUAGUUAGUUAAGUUUUAAAAAGAAUACAUCUUUUAAAUCAAGUCAGGUUGUUUUGCAACAAAAAGAAAUUUUCAUUGCAAAGGCUCGCGUGUGUGCGUGUCUGUGUGUGACCAUGUGCGUAUGUUUGUGUGACUGUGUGUGUGUGUGGGUGAUAUGCCCGUUUUUGUGCGUGUGCAUACAUGCCUGCACUGUUUUGCUCACGUGUGUAUUGCGCGUGUGUGUGCACUUGUGACAGUGUUUUUGUGUGUGUGCAUGCAUGUGUGAGCACAUGUGAGAAUGUGUGUGGAAGACUGUUCUUGCGUGCGUGCAUGCAUGUGCGUGUGUGUAUGUAUACACAACUUGAGGUUAGGAUAUAUGUUUUGCUUAUUAGAUUAAUUAAACGUUGCCUGAAAAUAUUAACUUACUACCCCUCAAAUAUCUCAGACUUAGCAAUUUCUUUUAAUCAACAGUGGCAUCAUACAUCUAUUUAUUAUGUAGGUACAUCUGUACAUGAGAAGCUACAAGGUCAACAUUACAUGCCUUAAACAAUAAAAGAGCUAAAACAAGGAGGUCAAUUUGAUAAGGUCAAUAUGCUGGUUUCUUUAGUUAUUAAAUAAACUGCUUAAAUAAUGUAGAUUUUAAUCUUUACAGUGAUAUUUUAUAUUUUAUGUUGCUUAAUGGAGCGAGGACAAAUCAGAUUUCCAGCUUUGUUUCUGUGAGUAUGAAGCACUGAAGUACUUUCCAGUGCCGAAGCCAUUAAUUUUUGGAAGGUAAAGCAAGGUGUAGUGUCGGUUACUGUGUUCUGGCGUGUGUUGACAAUACUAAGCAGAUGAAAUAAUAAACUACAAGUGCAAUUGA